CUUUGUACGACACGCUCCCCGCGCAUACCCGGAAGGCAACCCCAUCCCUUUGUAGACACUCCCCUCUCUAAGUGGGCAGUAGGCGGACACUGCCGCGUAAUAAUUUGGGCAGUCUGCUGAGUCGCUAAUUUGUGAACAUACACCUAGUUAGUGGAUUAAGGCAUAAGUGACAAAGAUGUUGCCCGUCCUUGUCCGAAAUGCUGCUGGCUCGGCGCUGUCGCGUCUGGCAGGCCUCCGCAUGGCUGCCGCUGCCGCUUCAAGCCGCGAGUACAGCUCCAUCAUGACUGCUGAGACUCGUGGACCUGGUGGCAGGUCGUCGGUCAGCGGUAUUGUUGCCACCGUGUUCGGUGCCAACGGCUUUGUGGGCUCUUACAUUGUGAACGAGCUUGCCAGGAAGGGUUCCCAGGUGGUGUGCCCGUUCCGGAGCACAGAGAAUGAGGCGAUGCACCUGAAGCAAAUGGGCGACCUCGGCCAGAUUGUGCUGUUGCCGGAGCUGGACAUCCGGGACGAUGAGCAGAUUAAGCGUGCGAUCAGCAGGUCUAACGUGGUCAUUAACUGCGUUGGCAUGCGGCUGGAGACCAUGAACUGGACCUUUGAGGACGUCCAUGUGGACUUCCCCAAGCGCCUUGCAAAGAUCGCCGCUCAGUCGGGCCACAUUGACCGCCUGGUGCACUUCAGCGACAUGGGCGCGGACCUGCAGCACACCUCCCGCCGCAUGCGCACCAAGGCGGAGGGCGACAAGGCACUGCUGGAUGCCUUCCCCACCGCCACCAUCAUGCGGCCCGCUGACAUUGUGGGCAUUGAGGACCACUUCUACAACUACCUCAUCUACCAGCUGACGCUAACGGUGUUCGCGCCAGUGGUGGAGACGGGAGCCAACAAGCUGCAGCCCACCUACGUGCUGGAUGUGGCUGAUGCAGUGGCUGCCGCCCUGCGCAACCCGGAGACGGCCGGCAAGACGUUCUACCUGGGAGGACCGGAGGUGCUCACCAUGCGUGAGGUGUACGACCUGCUGCUGAAGACCCUGCGCAUCCACCGCGAUGACACGGUGCACCUGCCUGCCUGGCUCGUCAAGCUCAUGUACAAGCCCAUGGACUCGAUCCGCCGCAAGCUGCCGGGCCUGCCCAUGACCAGCCCCAUGGCGACGGACGACUACGUGGAGGAGAGCCUGCGCGACAAGGUGGUGCCUGCGGGCGCCCUGAGCUACGCGGACCUGGGCAUCACGCCCCAAAAGGUCACUGACGGCAUGGCCAUUGAGCCUGUGCGCCAUUCCCGUGUCGGCGGCUACCGGUGGGGUGACAUGGCUACCGUCGCCAAGGAUAUCCCCGAGUCGGUGCGGAAAUACUACAACAUCAAGCAGUAAGCGCUGGCAUACAGGCAAACUGGCCGGGUGCACCAGUUACGAUGUACCGGCCUGCUUUUCAGCGCUAGCGGCAGAAUUUGCCUCCUUGGGAGGGCAUCUUCUUCCCUGGGAUGAUAGGGAUGAUGGGUGGAUUGUAGGUUUGGCUUAGCAACCUGGCAUCUUGGCUUGGGUUUCGACGGAUAUUGGCGGGAAAGGGUGCAGUGUGUGGUGAGUGUUGCCGCUGGGGGGGGUGCUAGCUUGGACAGGAGGUUGUUGUUCAUGGGUGUGUAUCCACACAACUAGCGCGCAAUACUCUUAUCGAGAGUACAGAAUACAAUGCGUGAACCAGUGCGGACGUGUAAUGGCGGG